CCUCGCUAGGCUCUGACACCCGUCUGCGACAUGGAUAAGUACGGCGACCUGGGCCUGGAGGCCAGUAAAUUCAUUGAGGACCUGAACAUGUACGAGGCCUCCAAGGAUGGACUCUUCCGAGUGGACAAGGGGGCAGGCAACAACCCCGAGUUUGAGGAAACACGCCGGGUGUUUGCCACCAAAAUGGCCAAAAUCCACCUCCAGCAGCAACAACAGCUCUUGCAGGACGAGACCCUGCCCAGGGGGAGCCGAGGCCCGGUCAACGGUGGCGGCCCCCCGGGCCCAGAGGCCCGCCAGGAAGCCGGUGUGAGCAGCAAGCUGACUGUGGAUGGUGCAGCCAAGCCCCCUCUAGCUGCCUCGACAGUGGGUCCUGGGACAGCCACCUGCAUGGCCCCCGGGCAACCCUUGUACCCACCCCAGGAGCAGAGGGCCAGGCCCUUUGCCCGCAGCGCGAGCCACGGCAGCCAGGACUGUGGCUCCAAGGAGAGCCUGGCAAGCUGGGAGAUGUCUGCCUUCCGCCAGGUGGGCCCCUGCGAGGAUCCUUCCUGCCUCACGCACGGAGACUAUUACGACAACCUCUCCUUGGCAAGCCCAAAGUGGGCUGAUGAACCAGGAGUGUCCCCCAGUGUCAGGCCGGGCGCAGGGAGUGGGUGGCCUGGCACCCCAGGGACUGACACACCACUGCCCAAACCCUCCAGGGACCAUCCCCUGUACCAGCCUCAGCUCUCCCCGAGCUCCAGCAAGUCAUUUGAGACCGGCCAGGAUGGUGGUGGUGGUGACCGUGGUGAUGAGAAGCCAGCUGGGCUUUGGACUACCGCCUCCUCCCAGCGGGUGAGCCCUGGCCUCUCUUCCCCAGGCCCGGAAAACGGGGCCCUCCUGGGGCCGCCUCAGCCCAGGCCCCCCUCUUUCUUAGCACCCUUGGCCCAGAGCUGCCCCAGCCAAGGAGCUCUUCCAAGAACAAACUCGGGGGUGGGGAGUGAGGCUUCAGGCACGAUGCCCAAACCCAUGGUGGACCCUCAACCCUGGUUCCAAGACAGACCCAAAUCUUACCUUUCUAGUUCUGCCUCAUCCUCCUCACCAGCCAGCAUGGACAGUUUGCAGCUGGCUGCGGCCCCUGGGCUGGGUCCUAAGCCAGUCUGCACAGACCCUGGCAUUGGUCCCAAGCUCAGCCCCACCAGCCUUGUCCAUCCAGUGAUGUCCACUCCGCCUGAGUUAUCUUGUAAAGGUCCCCCAGGCUGGUCGUCAGAUGGCAGCCUGGGGCCUGGGCUCCCGGAGAGCCCCAGCCCCCCCAGGGUGAGGCUGCCCUGCCAGACCCUCCUCCCAGGCCCUGAGCUUGGGCCCUCAGCCGCCGAAUUGAAAUUAGAAGCCCUCACCCAACGUCUGGAGCGUGAAAUGGAUGCGCACCCGAAGGCCGAUUACUUUGGAGCCUGUGUGAAAUGCAGCAAAGGGGUGUUUGGGGCCGGCCAGGCCUGCCAGGCCAUGGGGAAUCUCUACCACGAUGCGUGCUUCACCUGUGCGGCUUGUGGCCGGAAGCUGAGAGGAAAAGCCUUUUAUUUUGUCAACGGCAAAGUGUUUUGUGAGGAAGACUUCCUGUACUCUGGGUUCCAGCAGUCUGCUGACAGGUGUUUUCUUUGUGGACAUCUGAUCAUGGACAUGAUCCUGCAGGCCCUCGGGAAGUCCUACCACCCCGGCUGCUUCCGCUGUGUCAUCUGCAACGAGUGUUUGGACGGGGUGCCCUUCACCGUGGACUCCGAGAACAAGAUCUACUGUGUCCGAGAUUACCACAAGGUGCUGGCCCCCAAGUGUGCAGCCUGUGGGCUUCCCAUCCUUCCACCUGAGGGCUCAGAUGAGACCAUCCGUGUCGUGUCCAUGGACAGAGACUACCAUGUGGAGUGCUACCACUGCGAGGACUGCGGUCUGGAGCUCAAUGAUGAAGACGGUCACCGCUGCUACCCCCUGGAGGACCACCUGUUCUGUCACUCCUGCCAUGUCAAGAGACUGGAGCAAAGCCCCUCGUCUGCAGCUCUUCACCAGCACCGCUUCUAGCUGGAGCCGCUCCCAGGCGUCCCGUGGGAGAUGACAAGACAUCUGCCUAUUAGUUCCAGCGGCCCCCCGGGGCGGAGCCGGGGUCA